CGGCCGCAAGAAUUUUUUCGCGUCGUCUAACUGCAGCCUUAUAUAGAACAAUUCAGACCAACUUCACAGGAAAUUAUUACAGUUGUUUGUAGUGUAGUGUGUGAGCGGUAGGCUGAUAAGAACACAAUUUAAUAUCUAAUACAAAACAAUGGUGACUUUGAGUGAAGAAUCCUUUGGGUCCUUCGAAGGUGACCUGGUAAAGAAGUACACUUGGAAGACGCCCAGCGGACUCUGUCUGUCAGUCAUCUCAUAUGGUGCCAUCAUUCAGUCUAUCAAGGUUCCAGAUAAGAACGGCAUCUACAAAGACAUAGUCCUAGGGUUCGAUGACCUCCAAUCAUAUACAACAAGAAACGUCCCGUACCUUGGUGCAGCGGUCGGCAGGUGCGCCAACAGGAUCGGAGGAGCCAGGUUCAAACUCGACGGGGUCAGUUAUCAGCUGGCGAAGAACAUUGGUGAGAACCAUUUGCAUGGAGGAGUGAGGGGGUUUGAUAAGGUCAACUGGAGGUCUAAUGUGAGCGGAAAGAAGGUGACUUUCAGCUACUUCUCAAAGGACGGCGAGGAGGGGUACCCUGGUGAUCUUCUUACCAAUGUUACUUAUGAGGUUCUUGAAGACAACUCUUUACACGUCAAAUUCCUGGCCACCACGACCAAGAAGACAGUAGUCAACCUCACCAACCACUCAUACUUCAAUCUCGGAGGACACGAGGCUGGUGCUGAGGAGUUGUACGACCAUGUGGUCACUAUCAAUGCUGACAGAAUCACAGAAACAGACUCAGAAUCAAUUCCAACUGGAAAACUGAUUCCCGUGGGAGGAACAGCAUUCGACUUCCGAGUGCCACGCCGCCUCGCUGACGUCAUGGAGAAGAAACAGGAUUUGUUUGAUGAUAACUUUGUGAUAACUACCUUUGAUAAUAAGAAUCUCAACUUCGUAUCGCGAGUGGAGCAUCCUACAGGUCGGUCUCUAGAAGUCUACUCCAAUCAGCCAGGAGUUCAAUUUUACACCGCAAAUUUUCUACCAAAACCUUCUGAACAGGCUCUCGUUGGUAAAUCUGGUGAAGGGUACAGGCGCCACGGAGCAUUCUGCCUUGAAACCCAGAACUAUCCUGAUGCCAUCCAUCAUGAGAACUUCCCCAGCGCGAUUUUGGUUCCCGGCGAUGUAUAUGAGCAUAUUGUCGUGUACAAAUUUGGUUCUGAAUUAGUUGGGCCUACUGUUGUCGCUGCUUGAAUUGGGAAAUUAAUUAAAUGAUUUACAAUGUGUUUAAUAAAAUGUGUCAAUGUAUGUAAGAACAUUACAAAAUGUAUAAAAAUUACAAUAAAAUGGUGUGAGUCAAAAA